UUCACCUCAGUAAACAAAGCUGAACCCAAGAAUGAGCCAAAUACACGUAUGUGGGGCAUCCUAAUCCGAUCACCUGAAGCAGAUAAAUGCGGCCCUGCUGAGCCAGCUCCAGCACACUGGGAUUUGCUGCUCCCAGACCCAGCCAGCACUUGCGUAUAUGAGGAAUAGAAGCCCAACUUGAGAUCCUCCAGAAGCCCAGGGUCACUGCACCGUCUACAGGCCUCACCAUGAGCCUCGAGCCUCCGAAGGCGGAGAUCCGGUCAGCCACCAGGGUGAUAGGGGGACCAGUCACCCCAAGGAAGGGGCCACCCAAAUUUAAGCAGCGGCAAACCAGGCAGUUCAAGAGCAAGCCUCCCAAGAAGGGCGUCCAAGGGUUUGGGGAUGACAUCCCUGGAAUGGAAGGUCUGGGCACAGACAUUACGGUCAUCUGCCCCUGGGAGGCCUUCAACCACCUGGAGCUGCACGAGCUGGCCCAGUAUGGCAUCAUCUAACCGUACCCUGCUGAGAGCCAGCCCUGACCCUCCCUGCUGCCGCUGUGAGCCCGCUCAGCGUCUCGGGGGGUGAGGGGGGACGGUGCACAGACUGGGUCCCAUUUGGCCUCCAGCUGUGAAGGCCUGAGGCCCUGGAUACCAGUAUUAGGAUGCCUACAGCUGCCCCCAGGAUACCCUUCUGCUCUUCUAGACAGCGACCCACCACAGGACAGGUCCCACAGGGGUGCCCCUCACACCCCAGCUCCUGUUCUGCCCUUCCCACUGGCUGUCCUGGGGAGGUCACGGGCUGUGUUGGCAGUCCUGGAGGUCCUUCAUUCCCACCAAUCACACUGGCCUUCCCAACAUGCCUCACCCUUGUUUUUCCUGCUUGAAAAUAA